GCCGCCAUGGGGAACGUGUUGGCCGCCAGCUCGCCGCCCGCUCCGGCCCUCGUGGGGCUGCCGCCGCCUCCGCCCGCGCCCCCGGGGUUCACGCUGCCGCCGCUCGGGGGCGGCUUGGGGGCCGGGGCCGGCGCCGGUCGAGGCUCCGAACGGACCCCUGGGGCGGCGGCGACGGGCCCCGGGGCCGCGGGGAGCGCGGACGACGGGGCCUGCGGGUGCCUGCCCAACCCGGGCACGUUCGAGGAGUGCCACCGCAAGUGCAAGGAGCUCUUUCCCAUUCAGAUGGAAGGUGUCAAGCUUACUGUCAACAAAGGGUUGAGUAACCACUUCCAGGUGAAUCACACAGUAUCCCUCAGCACAAUCGGGGAUUCCAACUACCACUUUGGGGUCACGUAUGUGGGAACAAAGCAGCUAAGUCCCACCGAGGCAUUCCCUGUGCUGGUAGGGGAUAUGGACAACAGCGGCAGCCUCAAUGCUCAAGUCAUUCACCAGCUGGGCCCCGGCCUCCGGUCCAAGAUGGCCAUCCAGACCCAGCAGUCCAAGUUCGUCAACUGGCAGGUGGAUGGGGAGUACCGUGGUUCCGACUUCACCGCAGCUGUGACCCUAGGCAACCCAGACGUGCUGGUGGGUUCAGGCAUCCUAGUGGCCCAUUACCUACAGAGCAUCACGCCGAGCCUGGCCCUGGGCGGAGAGCUGGUUUACCACCGGCGGCCGGGCGAGGAGGGCACCGUCAUGUCGCUGGCUGGGAAGUACACGAUGAACAACUGGUUGGCGACAGUCACCCUGGGCCAGGCAGGCAUGCACGCGACGUACUAUCACAAAGCCAGCGACCAGCUGCAGGUAGGCGUGGAGUUUGAGGCCAGCACGAGGAUGCAGGACACAAGUGUCUCCUUUGGGUACCAGCUGGACCUGCCUAAGGCCAACCUCCUCUUCAAAGGCUCUGUGGACAGUAACUGGAUCGUGGGUGCCACACUGGAGAAGAAGUUGCCACCGCUGCCCCUGACACUGGCCCUGGGCGCCUUCCUCAACCACCGCAAGAACAAGUUCCAGUGUGGCUUCGGCCUUACCAUCGGCUGAACGACCGCCGCCUGCCCAUCCUCCUGCACAGCCUGCCCAGCCCCUCUCCCCUCUUGCCCUCCCUCCUCGGGGGCCGGGGGGCCACGGAGCAGAGGGGACCCCUCAUCCCGGCAGUGGAGGGUCCCCCGUGCGCUGCUCUGGGACUCGGAGUACCAGGAACUGCACGGUUCGCCCAGGAGUGGGCCUGGGGGGCCCCCCCAGAAGGCGUUGGGGCAUCGAGGGGCGCUGCAGGGAGCACCAAGGGCGGAGGUGGCCCAGACAACCUCAGGGAGGCUUUGGGGGUGUCCCUGUGUGUCCCACCCCCACCUAUGGCCCUGGGGGUGGGGGGCAGCGAGCAGAGCAGUGGCCCCGGCCCCAGUCCACCCGCCUUCCCGCCCACCCACCACCUCGGU